AUGUUAGUGUGGUUGACACGAAAAGAAAAUAAGUCUGUUUUAGACAAGCAGCUUCAGGAGCAAUUAAAUAAAGAAACAGAAUAUUAUCACAAUGUCCUAAAACGGGUUAUUGCAGUGCUAAAAUUUCUGAGUAUAAGAGGCUUAGCACUUAGAGGUUCCGAGGAAGUAUUUGGUUCUCCACAUAAUGGUAAUUUUAUGGGUGCUCUAGAGCUAUUGGCAGAAUUCGACCCAUUCAUACGUGAACAUAUUGAACAACGAGAGCUGCGACCAAACCCUGUAAUAUCAUAUUUAUCAAAAACAGUAUAUGAGGAAAUAAUUGAGAUUAUGGGUAAACAGAUAAUUAAACAAAUUAUAACUGAAAUAAAUAACGACGACACAAAUUUCGGCGAAAAUGACGAUGAAAAAGUUGAUUUCCGAAAAGAGGCACGAAAUUUAUUUAAUAAACUGGCGAAACUAGAAACUGCAAUUUUGAUUGUUUUUUGGGAAGAAAUUUUGGAGAGAUUUAAUGUAGUUAAUAAAAAAGUACAGAGCCCUGGUUUAGACAUUGGUGAAGGCAAUAAGUUAAUUGUGUCAUUAAAAGAGUUCGUGAAAAACAUAUGGCAACAAUCAGAUCAGAAGCUAAAGGAAUACGAAGAGAAAGCUAAAAAAUUAAGUACUAGUUUGGGAACAGACUACAGUGACAUAAAUAAGAGACGCAUUACUUUGAAAUUUUCAGAUAAAUCUACAGAUAAAGUCUCAGUGAACUGCGCAGAAAAAUUUAAAAGAGACACGCUUAACGUUGCGUUGGAUAAGAUGAUUAUGGAUUUAAAUAAUAGAAGCCAAGCCUAUGAGACCUAUAGCAAAAAAUUUAAAUUUUUAAUGGAUUUGCAAGACAAAAAUCAAGAACACAUAGAUCUGGAAAGUGUACGUAAUAUUAUUGAUUAUUAUCCAAAUGACGUAGACGAACAUUUAGUGAAUGAGUGCAUUCAGUUGAAAUCUUACUUACUGCAAUCUAAGACAGAGUCUUACACCUCUUGCAGUGAAAUUUUUUGGCUAAUUUAUGAAAAGAAACUUGUUGAUGUUUUCCCAAACUGCUAUACUAUCUUAAAGAUUUUUUUAACGAUGCCGAUCACUAGCUGUGAAGCGGAGCGUUCUUUCUCCAGGAUGUCGUAUAUAGAAAACAAAUACAGGACAACAAUGUCGAACUAUCGACUAAAUCAUUUAUCAGUUCUUUCGAUAAAUUGCGAUUUAACAAAGGACCUACAGUGCGAUGACCAAAUAAAAGAAUUUGCAGCACAAAAAUGCAGAAAGGUUGCUUUAUAA